GCAGCUUACAACAGAGCAUUCUUCGCCUUAUCAAUUGGAGCGGGUGAUGUCCCAUCGAGGAUUUAUCAUUAGGAUCAUCUCCGAGCUUGGGCUCAUCUUCACACGACGACCGAGCCUAUUCUUCUCUGUAACCAAGCCUUUUCAAAUCUCCGACUUUCUGGAAGAGCAGAACACCAAGUGCAGUGGUGUCAAGGACCUGACUUGCCGCAACGAUGAACUACCAUCAUGGCCAUCCCGGAAGAACUGUCGUAAAAGCCACCUCAUUCAUCCUGAAAUGGACAUUAACGACCCUUCUUAUCCUCACCAUUGGCCUUACAACAAUCCCAGCCUCUACAAACCUUGUGCAACGCGAGGAGGCUAUUCUCAGACAUCACGAGACAAUUCAUCACUUGGACGCUGGACCCACAUCGAGACCGUUGACAAAGGCUAUGAAAGUCCUACUUCACCACUUGCCCGCUCGACGUUCUGAACGUGUCGAUCACGAUAAUACUCAUGGCUUGACCGUGGAGACGGAUGAUGUACAAGAGGCAAAAGAACACCAUGAGGCUUCCCACGGUCUUAUCAGCCAUGACCGAGAAAGCCUUGUUCAUUCUGAGGGGAAGUGUACUUGUCCGCCACCUUUCCGCAACCAGAGAUGUCGCUGUCCUCCGGGAGCCCAGCGUAUUCAAAUGAGGAAGGUAGCAGAGAAUGUGGCCGUGUCCGAUUUUAGACCAUCGGAUCAUUCUCCGAAUCUGGCAGACUAUCAAUUAAACGAAAGGGAUGUCAAAGAUGGUACUCCCUCUAAUCUCGAAAUAGAACACCAUAAGACUUCCCACGAUGCCAUUGGCCAUGACAAUACAGGCCAUCUCUAUUCUACUAUAGAGUGUUUCUACAAGUCCACAGGGAGAUGGAAAUUGGAGAACGCACGUACAAAUAUUGCUUACAAUGGCCAUAAGGGUAUGAUCGAAGGGACUGUGAAGAGCAGCACUCUGCAUAGAAAGCCAGGCGACCCAUCGGAUUUUGGCUCCGAUAUUGAGGCCCAUGAGCGCGAAAGGCUCGAUGGACCUUCCAAGUUCUGUAAAUGUGGCCCACACAACCGGAAAUGCCGCUGUUAUCACAAUAAGGAUCCUUCGGUUGAGCGCAGUCAAGUGAAGAAGGAGACAGAAAAGGUUGCCAUCGAUGCCAUGUCUCAUUUCAGAUCUUCGGAUCCCUCGUCAAAGCUGCCUGAGAGAGGAAAUCUAUCUCAAUUCCAAAGCAAGGGCAGUCAAAUCAAUCCUGAAACUUCUUUAUCUUCUACUUCUUCGUCUGAGAGAGAGCAUGAACAUCACUCUCAAAGCACGAACAGCCAAACCAAUUCCAAACCUUCUUCAACUUCUAGGCCGUCGAAGUCCUCGCCAGACUGGCACACGAUAGAAUAUAACUUUGCCGUACAAUCAAAAGGAACGGAGGUCGAACACGGCACUCACUCCAACUUCGAAAACGACAAAGAAAAAGACGACCUCGGAAGGGUGAAACAAGAUCCUAGAUCUACCUCCUGCCAUUGCAAUGGAGCGAGUCCAGGUUGUGGCUGUGGCGAAUUCCUUCAACUCGGCCACCUUCAAGCAAAGAAGAAGAGACAACACUUUGCGCAGUGUCGCUGUGAUGUAUGUACCGGUAGAAGCUGGAUUGCCCACAGAUUGUGUUAUGGCCGCUGGUCCAGAGAUCUUGCGCACUGUCAAAAUUUCCUUGAAGAUCACGCUACGUUCAAUGAGAAAUGCAGCUGCAACCCGAAAAACGCCACAGGUGGCUGUGGCAUUCAACGACCUCACAUAGUGAUUCAUGAAGGAGAACCUGAUCUGACAACAGAUCUGGCCAAGGCCUCUGGUGUGAAAGCUGAGGAGAGCGGUGACUUCAACAACCCUGAGCACAAUGUCAACGAGAAAGUCUGGCGCGAACGAUGGUCAGGGAGCUUCGAUGCAAGAGCUUCACAGAACAUGCAUCUUGAUCCUCUUCCAGCAGAUUCUAUUAUCACUCCAAAGCGAGAUGUAACAACCCAACUGUGUGGCGAGAGAUGGUGGCUUCGACGACCGAACUGUCGUCCAAGAUCCGUCCAUACAUCCAAAGCCGAAGAAGUCUACAAUGACAAAUUCUACACCUCUGGGCACAAUGAUGAGAAUAUCAUUCAGUCUAAACAGCAGGUGGACGGGUUGGAUCUGAGCACACCCGAUUCCAUCAUUGCUAAAGAUGAUACCUGCCACAAACUGUGGCGGGUGAACACGGGUUGUCUGCCGAAGCAUAGGGCGAAACUCGGGACAGCUGCUAAGCAUAGCCACCAUCUUUCUCGCCGGAGCAACACUCUCUUAGAGUCCAUCAAUGAAGCAAGGUGUCAGGACAAACUUGGAAGAGCAAAAGAAAAAUGCGAAGAGAAUAAUAGGAUUGGAUUCUGGGUGGUUUGUUCAAUAUUGGCUGUGGCUGGUAUUUGUGGCCUGCUGUUGGGGAUUAUCAUCCUCCAUAUCCAUCUCAGGCGCAAGCGACCAAGUCAGCUCCUCAUCAAUAAUAGAUCUGGGUAUAAGAGUGGCGCGUCAACUCCGGCAACCUCUGUCAGUGAGAUGCCAAUUUCCAAGGUCGGAAGACCAGCAUCGGUGAUGCGACGAAUAGAUGAAGACGAGAACGUUGAAACCAGUAGCGUUCGUCGCUAUACAACCCUCGAUGGCGCGAAUGACGGUUGGACCAGCUGGAUUCGUAAGCAAACAGGUCGUGCGAAGGUCAGUCAAACAUGUCCCAACAAGGCCGCUUUUCCCCAACGCCAGCGACUCGGCCCCCCCGAAUUCCCACUCUCAGACUCCCACGGACAGCUUUGGCAACCAUGCGGAAAGUCAAUGGCCUCGAUUCUGAGUGUGAGAGUGCGAGUGCGAGUCAGGGAUACCAUACACGGAAGGCUAAAGGAAAGGAUACGACGAGAGUUAACUGGUGUUCUACCGUCUGAAGGGUAGGGAGUGACUGGUACAAGCUAUGGUUUCAUUAACAAGUAGUGUUACUCGCGGUGUGUGGAA